AAAUGCAUUAGUCAUCAUCUUUAACUCCUACUUUUUAUAUCGAAUUUUAAAUAUCAAUACGUGGACGCGCGCUUUGAUCCUAGUGCUACUUGUUGCUAGUUUUACAAAAGAGGUGGAUUAUUCUGAUAACAAAUCAUUACAUAUACAUUGUAAAAACGUACGCAGUUUUUUAACAAAAAAUAAUUUUUCUUUAACGAACUGCAGAAUAAUGACAGAAUGAUGACAGAUUACGAGAGGGUAAUAAAUAUUGUUCGAAGUCAAAUGAUAUUAUUUUUUUUUUACCGUCGUGUCAGUGAUAUUAGAAAAUAUCGACAUUGUGAGCUUAUAUCUAGAGACUAAAGCUUCUUAAUAGAUUCUUUGAUGAACAAUCAAUGUGUCUUUCCUUUUAUUGUUAUUGUAUGGAGGUGGUUACGAUAUUUUGUAAAAUUUAUAUUCCCGAAAGAGUCGGACAUAACCUAGAUUUUACUCAAAAACUAAAGAGCCAAUUUUGAUAUGGCGUACAAACGUGUCAUCAUACUCUUAUGUUUUAUUACUGUAACGAUCUUCCCUGAUAUUGCUUCUCAUCAAGUGCAAGAGAAUCACAAUACAGGACUUACUUGUGAACAAGAUGAUCCUCUUAUUAUUUUUUCUACUCUUGGUGGUGCAUUAGUAGGAGUUGGUCAAAGAUCUGGAGAAAUACGGUGGAAACAGAAUGACGAACCACUUGUCAAAGUACCUACUGAUUUCCCUAAAACUACAAUGCCUAUGUUUUUACCAGAUCCAAAGGAUGGAUCAUUAUAUUUAUUUGGAACAGAUUCUGAAGCUCUUAAAAAACUACCAUUUACUAUUCCACAAUUGGUAGCUAAUAGUCCUUGUCGUAGUAGCGAUGGUAUAUUAUAUACUGGCAGAAAAAUUGAUACAUGGUUUACAGUUGAUCCUAGAACAGGUAGAAGAGAACAAGUUUUAGGUUUUGAUAAAGCAGGUAAUACAUGUCCUGUAGAAAUGCAAGAUGUUAUUUUUAUUGGACGCACAGAAUACAAUAUCAUAAUGGUGGAUAGUAAACAAAAAGAUAGAAAAUGGAAUGUGACAUUUUAUGAUUAUUCAGCAGCAAAAAUGGAAAACGAUGGAAACGAAAAUUAUGAUCUAAUACAUUUUACUACAAGUUCAACGGGUCGAGUUGUAACUUUGGAUAGAAGACAAGGCACAAUUCUAUGGCAAUUAGAUUUAGAAAGUCCAGUUAUAGCAACAUAUACAGUCACUCAGGAUGGCUUAUUAACUCUACCAUUUACAAGUGUUGCAGAAGGAACAUUAGAUAAUUUACUAGGACACUUUGUAACAAAACCAACUGAUAUUCAGUUGUUCCCUACAUUAUACAUUGGACAACAUAGAUAUGGACUUUAUGCUUUACCAUCUUUAGUUGAUUCAACAACUGCAACUAUAUCAAGUAAAGCAGAAUAUUUGUUGCUGGAAGGACCAUUAACAAUUGCACAGAUUCAUAAAAAUGAUAAUAGAGUUCCCUUACCUGGGGAUCAUGUAGUGAUUGCAAAUAUCCAUACUACUCAUGAUGGAUAUCAAAGUAUCACAAGAGAAAGAAGUAUUAUCACAUUAGGUCAUUACAAGGUACCAGCAGAAUAUAAGUCUAAACAUCAACCACUUCAAAUUACUGGACGGUCUGAUGUAAUUCAAGCAGAAAUAUCAUCUUUGAAUUCAACACCAACACAUUUACCAAUUACAUUAGCUGAUAAUACACCAAUAAUUGCUAAUACAAUGCAAGAGGGAAAUUGGUAUAAAAUUUUAACUGAAAGCUAUAGGGCGAGUAAAAAAUGGCUUAAUCAACAAGAGAACAAAGGAUUGAAAUUAGCACUUAUUAUUCUUGUUGGAUGUAUAGUUACAAUGUUUUGGUAUUUCAAUGCACAGUUUAAAGAAUUUCAACAGAUGUCACAGGGUUCACGUGAGAACAGUCGUACAAGCAGUAAUGGUAAACGUAAUAACAUUGUUAUUCUUGAAGAUAUGGGAGAAGGUCUGGUAAGGGUGGGAAAGAUUACUUUUAAUACUAGUGAAGUGUUGGGUAAAGGAUGCGAGGGAACAUUUGUAUAUAAAGGUGAAUUCGAUGGCCGUUUGGUAGCCGUUAAGCGACUAUUACCAGAUUGUUUCACAUUUGCUGAUCGUGAAGUAGCAUUACUUAGAGAAUCGGAUGAACAUCCUAACGUUGUACGAUAUUUUUGCACUGAACAUGAUAGAAUGUUUAGAUAUAUUGCUCUAGAAUUAGCAGAAGCUACUUUACAAGAUUAUGUAGCAGGGAGAUACAACAGAGAAAAGAUAUCUGUGAAAAAUAUAUUACGGCAGGCUACAUCAGGACUUGAGCAUUUACAUUUUUUAGAUAUCGUUCACAGAGAUAUCAAGCCACAUAAUGUCCUUCUAUCAGUUCCCGGACCGCGAGGUGAAGUCAGAGCGAUGAUAUCAGAUUUUGGUCUUUGCAAAAAGUUACAGCUUGGUCGUGUAUCAUUCUCGCGACGUUCUGGUGUAACUGGGACAGAUGGUUGGAUAGCACCAGAGAUGCUAAAUGGAGAAAGAACAACAUGUGCUGUUGAUAUUUUUUCUCUUGGUUGUGUUUUCUAUUAUGUACUUUCUGAUGGAAAACAUCCAUUUGGUGAUCCCUUGAGAAGACAAGCCAACAUACUUUGCGGUGAAAGUAACUUGACAGCGCUACAAGGAAUAUCACAAAGUGAUAAAGAAUUAGCAUUGAAUCUUAUAAAGGCAAUGAUUUCUGAAGAUCCAUCAAAACGACCACCAGCUUUGGCAAUUCAUAAUCAUCCAUUAUUUUGGGAACCUAAUCAAGUACUUGGUUUCUUUCAAGAUAUUAGCGAUCGUGUUGAAAAAGAUCAACCCGAUAGUCCAGCAUUGUUAGCUCUUGAAAAUGGUAAUAAACGAGUUGUAAGAGGUGAUUGGAGAAUGCAUAUUGACCAUGAAGUUGCAAUAGAUCUUCGAAAGUAUAGAAGUUAUCGAGGUGAAAGUGUAAGAGAUUUGUUAAGAGCAUUACGAAAUAAGAAACAUCAUUAUAGGGAAUUAACGCCAGCUGCACAAGAAAGCUUAGGUGAAAUUCCUGACAAAUUUACGGAUUAUUGGCUUACUAGAUUUCCGUGUUUAUUAUGUCACGUUUGGAUUACAAUGCAAAAGUUUCGUAACGAAUCAAGUUUAAAACAUUAUUACCAUAUACAAUAUAAUUUUGUUAAUCCUAACGAGAUGGAAAACAAUGAAACACAAGAAAAUCAAUUAAUUUCUAUAUCAGUAAAUAAAAUACAAGAAAGAGAUAUUGAUUGGAGUCCAAAUAGAAACAGAUAUCGCGGACAUAGGAGAAAACAAGAAAGAAAAAGAAUUAUCGAACCAUCGACAUGGAUAUUACCGCCAAGUUAGGUAUUUUGUUAUCAGUUAGAAAUAUCUAUAUAUAUAUAGAUGGAGAGACUGAUCAUAAUACAAAAAAAUUGGAAAUUAUUACAAAUUUUGUCAAUUUUUACAAAGACUUAGUGAUAAUUACAAUGCUGGGAGCAAACAAAUUUUUAUAUCUUAAUAAAAGAUAUAAAAAAAAUAUUAAGCUUUUUCUCUUAAAAUUAUAUUACGGAUAGUUUAUUAUUAUGUAGAUUUUUAUGAUUUUAUAGAUAUAAUAAGGUGCAUAUAACUAUUGACAAAAACAAUAGCGUCCGCGUGGUGGUUUGUCCAAAUAUUGAAAUGUUCGCACAACUGUAACGAGAAUGUAUAAUUAUCGACAUUAAGCGUUUUAAUCUUAAAUAAAAACAAACAUAAAUUGG